GCCGCCGCAGCCGUUGUGACCGCUGCAGCUGAGUUCAGAGGGCCCGGAGGUGGGGGACCUCGCGCUCGGUGACUGAGAUGUCGUCCGCCGCGGCUUUUUACCUCCUGUCUACCCUCGGAGGGUACUUGGUGACCUCCUUCUUGCUGCUCAAAUACCCGACCUUGCUGCACCAGAGAAAGAAGCAGCGAUUCCUCAGUAAACACAUCUCUCACCGCGGAGGUGCUGGAGAAAAUUUGGAAAACACAAUGGCAGCCUUUCACCAUGCAGUCACAAUUGGCACGGACAUGCUAGAAUUGGACUGCCACAUCACAAAAGAUGAGGAAGUUGUAGUGUCACACGAUGGGAACCUAAAGAGGUCGACUGGAGUCAAUGUGAACAUCUCUGAUCUCAAGUACUGUGAGCUCCCACCUUACCUCAGCAAAUUGGAUGUCCCGUUUCAGAGAGCGAGCCAGACUGAAGGAAAAGAUAACCGAAUCCCAUUGCUGAAGGAAGUCUUUGAAGCCUUUCCUAACACUCCCAUUAACAUCGACAUCAAAGUCAACAACAACAUGCUGAUUAAGAAGGUUUCAGAGUUGGUGAAGCAGUAUAAACGAGAACACCUGACAGUGUGGGGUAAUGCCAGUUAUGAAAUUGUAGAGAAGUGUUACAAAGAGAAUUCAGAUAUCCCCAUACUCUUCAGUCUACAGCGUGUUCUGCUCAUUCUUGGCCUUUUUUUCACUGGCCUCUUGCCUUUUGUGCCCAUUCGAGAACAAUUUUUUGAAAUCCCAAUGCCUUCUAUCAUCCUGAAGCUAAAAGAACCACACACCAUGUCCAGAAGUCAGAAGUUUUUCAUCUGGCUUUCUGAUGUCUUACUAAUGAGGAAAGCUUUGUUUGAUCACCUCACAGCCCGAGGCAUUCAAGUUUAUGUUUGGGUGUUAAAUGAAGAACAUGAGUACAAGAGAGCUUUUGAUUUGGGAGCAACUGGAGUGAUGACAGACUAUCCAACAAAGCUUAAGGAUUUUUUACAUACUUUUUCAACAUAGAGAGAGAGGGACUCAGAAGCAUUCAAAGAAAAUGUGAAAAGACCUAAGAAAAAAUGUUUCACCAUCAUUUCCCUAAGACAUUUCCAGAAUGGGUAAAAGGUUUUAAUCAGUACAUCUUAGUUAAAGGGGAAAAAUACAGUGGAAGAAAAGCUCGAAAUCAGUCAUACAUUGUUAACAGGAGGCAGGCUCAAAAUAACAAAGCAUUAUUUGAUCAGAAAUAAAAUCUGUAGACUGAAUAAAAUUUUUCAGUUGCUGUUGUCAAUGGGAACAUUCUAUUUGGAAUCUUUUUCAGGUGUGUAACAAGCUACCAUGUCUUUAUUUUAAUGUUAAAAAUGUACUUAUCAAUUGUAAACUAAGAUACAAAGCAUUGUAUUUUUAUGUUUCCCCUAAAGAAGUGUAAGAUUUCCAAUUUUGGCAUUAACUGCCUGAGCGUACAUGUAGACUUUGAAUACCAUCUUGAACCCUAGUAAUUGUGUUAAAUUGAUGUAAACGUACAUAUCAUUAUUUCUAAUCCUUAUGGUUUGAACCACCUGUUUCUGAUCCUUAAGAAUUCAUUCCUCGGAGUAUUAAGUAGAAACAGAAUUUCUCAAAGGUUUAGACAUCACUUUCCCAGCCUUUCGAUGUGACUUGGUGUAAAUCUGUCUCUAAUCUUUUUGACUAAUUCCUGUGAUCUGGAGUAAUAAGUGUCUCGUACCUAGGUUACAGCUCUCUUUUGGAGUUUGCCAGCUAUACAGUUAUAAAAGAUGACCAUAGUCUCCCAUCUGUCCUGGAUGAUGUAAAUAUUAUUUGCUUUGGUGUUUA